AUGGACGCCCGCCUCGUCUUCCUCCUCCUCCUCGCGGCCGCGGCGUCCGUGCCGCUGGCCUCCACGCAGCUCUCAGUAGAUUUCUACAAGACGUCGUGCCCCGAUGCCGAGAAGAUCAUCUUCGGCGUCGUCGAGAAGCGGUUCAAAGCGGACCCCGGCACCGCCGCCGGCCUCCUCCGUCUCGUCUUCCACGACUGCUUCGCAAACAACAGCAGCGGCAGCACGUCGGUGAUACGGACCAGCUCCGUCAACGCCGACCAGAUGGCCGGGCUGUCGCAGCCAGGGUCGUCGCCCAGGAAGGUGGGUCCUCCCGACGAGGUGGAAACACCCUCUAUGGUAGCGAAUGAGGCGGCCGCCAAGGUUCCCGGCGGUGUGGUCGUCAGCGUCGGGGGAGAUCAGCAGCAGGCGCCCAACACGGUGGUGCCACCAAACGUGCAGCAGCCGCCCAACACGGUGGUGCCGCCAAACCUGCCGCAGCCGGGCGCCGAACCGUUAGGCCAGGAGAAGGUGGCGGAUAGGCCCGGCCUGAAGCUCCGCGGCAGCCGCGAGCCUGUGAACCCGGUCCCGGUGGUGCCUGGCGGCGAGGAUGCUGCCAAGCAGCAGGCGGUGGCGGCCCUGGAGGCGAAGAAGAAGAGGAACAUGGCCAAACUCCGCGGCGCCGCCAAGGCCCAGCAGUAG